CGGCCAUCCGACCCCCAUCGCAUACAUCGUUACAGCUUUAAUCGAUAUUCUGCCGCUGCUGGACUCGGGGCAUUCACUAACGGACGAUAGCGUUGCGGAUAUAUAUAUUUGAUCUUGGAGCAUCUUAGUGAUAGGACAUUUGCUCCGCUAUCCUGUCGUCAUGGCUUCAGCGCGCGGUCCCCGAUGGCAGCAGUUCUUGCAGGAAUUGGUGAUGGUUGCGGGCACCUCGGCAUCAGCAUACUUCCUCAUCCGAUAUCUCCUAUCCCGCCUUGACUUCGACCCGGAGUCUCAAAAGAAAGAAGAACAAAAACGCAAGUCGGCCGCCAUCCUACGGAAGCUUGAUGGAGGAGACGAGUCAGAUGAGGACUCACCGCGGCGCGGGGGAAAAGGCGGACGCCGACCAAAGAGAGGGGAUCUUGUCCUCAACCAAUAUGAACAGGCUAUUGCUAUGGACGUAGUCGCUCCAGAUGACAUCCCUGUAUCAUUCGAAGACAUAGGAGGUUUGGACGAUAUCAUCGAGGAGCUGAAGGAAUCCGUCAUCUAUCCUCUCACCAUGCCUCAUCUCUACGCUUCAACAUCAUCGCUUCUUACUGCCCCAUCUGGUGUCCUUCUCUACGGGCCGCCUGGAUGCGGGAAGACCAUGCUUGCGAAGGCGCUCGCUCAUGAGAGCGGGGCAUGUUUCAUUAACCUACACAUUUCUACCCUGACUGAGAAGUGGUACGGUGAUUCUAAUAAGCUGGUCAAUGCCGUGUUCUCGCUUGCCAGGAAGUUGCAGCCCUCGAUCGUUUUCAUCGAUGAGAUCGAUGCCGUGCUGGGCACUCGACGGAGCGGGGAGCACGAAGCCAGCGGCAUGGUCAAAGCCGAGUUUAUGACUCACUGGGACGGUCUGACUUCAGCGAACUCGAUGGGCGAGCCGCAGCGAGUGGUUGUCCUGGGUGCCACUAACCGCAUAGGCGAUAUUGACGAGGCCAUCCUCCGGCGGAUGCCUAAGAAGUUCCCUGUCGCUCUACCCCCUGCAGCACAGCGGCUUCGAAUCCUCAGCCUGGUCCUGAAAGAUACCAAGGUUGAUCGGGAUAACUUUGACCUCGAUUACUUGGUCAAGGGCAUGGCGGGUAUGUCGGGUAGUGAUAUCAAGGAGGCCUGCCGGGAUGCAGCCAUGGUGCCGGUGCGCGAACUCAUCCGCCAGAAAAAGGCGGCUGGACAACAAAUGACGGCCGUUGAUCCCAAAGAGGUCCGGGGUCUGCGUACAGAAGACUUCUUCUCGCGCGCCGGGGGUGUCCGGGUCAUUCCCCCAGCUGCCCAGCUGGCGAACAAAGCCAACUCGGAGAAGGAGUGGAGUACUGAGUCGGAGGCAGCGUCCGAAGCUGAAGCACGAACACCUGCGGAGAUGGCGGAACCUCCCGAGUAGUUGCUAUCAGCUUUCCUUCUGAUUAAGUAUUGUAUGACUUUGCUGCAGAUUAUCACACGUCCCUUUUGACUCAGUACUGCGUAAAGGGCAAGGCGUUGGGAUACUUGUUUGCUUUCUCUUUCAUUGUGGAUAUACUAUCGGGAUUUAAUGGCUGUGAUUUGUAUGUGCCUUGCGUCCUCCAUUGGGGGUGUAGAGAGUCGAUAUACCCGCUGACGAGAUCAGGAUUACGAAUUUCACCAUCCAGCCUGUACUGUAUAAAGUAGAUAGAAUCCAAUAUUAUUACCAACCAGC